CCUAGGUGGUGGGUGAAGGAGGUAACUUCCUUUAAGUUUCUCUCGUUGAUGUUGAUUGGAGUUGGUUGUUGUUGUUGGUGGUGGUGGUGGUGAUGAUGUUGUUGGCUGGGUAUCGUCAUGGCCUGUCUUCUCUAUAUUCACGAGAAGGAACUCUGGUCUUCACUGCCCCACCUCAUCUCUUCUGUCAACUUGUUAGUUUUCGCCUGUAGAUCACCAAGUUUGUGUGACAUUGGACACAAGUCAUUAUUGGCGAAAUCCAAGUCUUCUAGGAUGUUUUCCGCAGUCCAACGUAUCCCUUUCUUCUCGCUCCUCACUGUUUGUUGCGACAAGAUAUUAGACAUAAACCAUCGUCGGUGGCGAAAUUCAAAUCUUCUUGUUUUGUGUUUCCAUCGGUCCAGACAGAGUAUGCAUAUCUCACAGCUUCUCAUAUUUGUCUGUUGCAUGAUCCAGUCCAGUCCAUUCGAAUCGAUCAGAGCACAAUCAGGAAGAUGAUUGGUGAUGGUAGGCGGCAACCUUGUCUUACUCCUUCCUGUCUUUACUUUACCUCGAAAGCAUCGUUGAGCUGAGCUUUCCAUUGUGAAUCACUUGGCAUGUUGCGUCUUCAUAUAGCUGUCGAAUGAAAUUGAGAAAUUUUUGUGGCA